CGUUUGUCCAUGAAUGCAGCAUUGCAUUAGCUUAUAUAUUAUAGCCAAGAAGCUACGCUGCUAUUCGUAUUAGUUUUUAUAUUAUCGAUCAUAACAGUUAUGUCUUUUAAAAGAGAAGGUGAUGAUAAAAGCCAGCUGAAUCUCCUUAAGAAACGUCGUGUGGCAGACCUUUUGUCUAAUUUUAUUCCAGAAGAUGAGGCAGCUCUUAUGAAAAACGGAAGGUACACUUGCCUUGUGUGUUCCUACCGUCCUGUGUUUGAUACAGUCGACAUGUUGGCAGUCCACAGAAAAGGAAAGAGGCAUCUAGACGGGCUAAAAGCAUUUUAUGGCAAGAAAGCACGGCUGAAGACUGAAAUAACAAAACGGCAACAUGAAAACUACGUCCAGGCUGAGGAAAAAAGGCAGGAGCCCUCCAGUUCAGCCCCAUUACUAGCACAAACACGGAAGCUCACCCAUCAUGCUUUGCUGAAAACUGUACCAUAUAACAGCUGUCAUAGAAAAACCAGUACAAAAUCUGAAAAAGUGACAGCAAGUACUAGCUCAAACCCCAGUGACAACAUGACAUCUACAUGCUGGGAAUCUGGCAUUUCAGUGAACACGUCACAAAGCAACUCUACUGUCUGUUCAACAGCCAAUAAAGAGCCACAUCCAUCAAAAGAUACGGCCGAAUCUCAGGCUGCAGAGAGACAGGAGGCUGAACCCAUUACUGCUCAGAGGAAGAGAGAGCUGGAGCACUAUCUCAAACUGAAAAGUGAUGGGUGGCUGCGAGACCACAGCGGCAAGUGGGUUAAAGACGAAAAUGUCGAGUUUGAUUCAGAUGAGGAAGAGCCGCUUACCCUUGUCCCCGCGCCUGCAAAUAAAUGAGAGCACCAGAAUGGUGUGGACGCACAGAUAAAACUUGUACCACAGUGGUACGUUCACGAGGCACAGUGCUGCAUAAAACAAACAGCUCAAUGUGAAAAAAAAAAUUAACAGAUUUAUUCUGUUCAUGAACUUUUUUUAUGUUGUUUUAAUCUACUGAGUGUUCAGCGUCUAACUAUUUCUUCCAUCCAGGAUGUAAUCAAUAGCGGUUGCUACAGAGUCAGUCUUUAUUCAAGUGACAACUCUUCAUAUCCGGUUAUAUUUUAUCCUUAAGGCUGAACCUUUGUUGGCUUAUCAUAGUCCACCCUGAAAAGCAUUGAGUUGCAGGAAAGUGAUAAGAAUUAACCAGUGGUCUCUGAAUUUGAGUACUUAUAUUCUCUAACAGCUUACUUAUCAGGGAGGAAAUCCCUCUACACCCAUAAAGAGUCCUGAAUGGAAGAAUCUGAAAUCGUUUACAGCUGUGAAGGAGACAAACCACUCAUGUUACUGUCACUUUUCCUUAAAAUGUUGUGUGUGAAUAUUUUUUGUUACAUUAAAAUCCAACACCACUGUCCCAAUCUGUUGAAAAGAUUUGUGUAAUGUGACCUCUGCUUGUGACAUGAGCAUUCUUAGUGUACCUAGAACCCCCCCCCCCCCAGACAGGUUGUGCUUCCUCAUGCAGGAAGAGCAAGUUUGUCCCAAAGAUGUGUUAAGAUUUGACUCCUUUGUCUGCUGCAUGUUUGUUUCUCUACUUGCACAAGCAGAUUAAGGUAACAUCAGAAUUCUGGGAAAGGUGAUUUUGGAAAUAUUCAUAUUCAAUACGACUGACCAAACUCUUCAUGUUAUUAAGAAGUUGGAAAAUACUCAAAUUGGCAUUUGCCUGAUUAUCUGGCAGAAAUUCAGACCAUGUUUAAAAUCUGUAUAGAAUUUAUACAUUAAAACAUCUGCCUUAGCUUUAAAGACAUAAAGAUUAAGACUGAAAAAAGUCAUCCAGGACUCUUGAACAACUUUCUAUUUUUGUAGUGGCUCACUCACAAAUCAUUAUCCCAUCAUAUGUGAUAGCUCUGUUUUUUACAACUUGUUGUUAUUGUGAUGUAGUUGGGGGUUUGUGUUCAUUAAAUGAA